GAGGAGGGAGGCUGAGGUGCGACGUGGAAAAGCAGAAUACCGUUUUCUUUUUUGUUUUGUUGUAGUAAACGAAAGAAAUCGGGCCAAGGAUGAGAACAGAGAGUGUGGUCCCAGCGCGACCCCGCUCUGACAGGACGCACAUCUGCAGACGGCUCCAGAUGUGUUAGGGGGGGAGUCGUCAUCAGGUCGCCAUGGACGGCGGGUUGACCAUUACUUUCAUAUCUGUGGCGAUGUUUGUGGGCUCCUUCUUCCUGGGAUUCAUCCCUCUCUUGUUCAGACUCUCUGAGAGGAGCCUGCAGUUCGUGUCCAUCCUGGGCGCAGGGCUGCUGUGCGGGACGGCGCUGGCCAUCACCAUCCCCGAGGGCGUGGGCUUACUGGAGGACGCGUGGAAAGCCUCCUCGUCUGAUGUGCCAUCUGCUUUGAACGGCAGCAGAAACUCCUCCACGGAGGGGGACUCUCCUCCUCCUCGCUUCUAUAUUGGGGUGGCUUUGACCUUCGGGUUCACCUUCAUGUUCGUCGUGGAUCAGAUCGGAGGUUACCUCUCCAUACGCGACCAGACGCGGCAGCAGCCCAACAACAUCCACAUCACAGCCACGCUGGGGCUGGUUAUUCACUCUGCAGCCGACGGAUUUGCCCUCGGCGCUGCGGUGGCCACGGGGCAGGUGACGGUACAAGUCAUCGUGUUUUUGGCCGUCAUUCUACACAAGGCCCCGGCAGCCUUCGGACUGGUCUCCUAUCUGAUGCACGUGGGCCUCGAGAAGAAGUACAUUCAGGGACAUUUACUGGCAUUUUCAGCUGCAGCGCCCAUAGUUGCUAUCAGCACGUACUUCAUAUUACAUGCAUCAGGAAACUCCUCCCAGAACCAGCUCAGUGCGACGGGCGUGGGGAUGCUCUUCUCCGCCGGGACCUUCCUCUACGUUGCCACGGUGCAUGUUCUCCCUGAGAUCAGCACCAACAGGGCAGAGCGACCCGCCCCUGACCUCCCGCAGCAGGAGGCCGGAGCUGAAACCCAGCAGCAGCGACACAUGGGGCUCAUGGAGAGUGUCACCCUCGUCCUCGGCGUGGGGCUUCCCGUCCUGCUGGCUUUAGGGCUCCACGAUGACUGAACAAGGACUUCCAGGAUGCCUGACGGGAAAACUGAGCACACAGCUACUAUAUUAAACUUUCUGUACGACACAGUUAGAAAAAGCCGAAUUUGCUCCACAAGAGGGUUUAUCUUGGUGUGAUCUGAUUUCCCUGAAACUUGCUUCUGAGACCUGAUCGUGCGCCGGCAGAGGUUUCCAGGUGGAGUAAAGGAUUGGAUUACUGGUAUAUUGUCCUCAGCUGACCGAGUUUCCAUUUCAGCAAAACUAAAACAGUGACAUUUUCUGUAAAGGCCCUUUGGGGGGCCGUGCCAUCUCCAGGGGCGGAUUCCGCUGAAUAGAUUUACAGGAACAACCACAUAAUGUGACAUUGUUGUUUAGACAAUAAGAUAUCUAGAUCCCAGAGUUUUAAUAACUUAAAGGUCAAGUUGGAAGUUUGAAGACCGGCCUAGAUUUUCAGUUCAUCCAUGUUCAAAAGUGCAAAGUAACUGGAGACAGGAUGUGACGUGUACGUGUAGUAUUAGGAUUAAGUUUUAUAGCUCUAAGGUCAACAGUUUGAACAAUACAGCCAACAGUCUUGGUUUUAUUACAUGUGAACAAAGUAGCAACAGAUACGUUUGUGACACGAAAAGAACAAGAAGCUAACUUUUAAUCAUUCCUGUGACUUGUCUCUCAGUUCCUCCUUUAGAUUUUGCAGAUGAUGAAAUAAGACAAACGUCAAAAGUAUUUUUGUGUUCCUGGCCCAACGACUGGCUGUUUUCCAUGCAGCGGUCGUUGUACUAUUUCACAUGUGGCAGGAGAGCUCAGCACUCUGGUAGCAAGUAGAGGGAGGUCUGUGUUCAACAUGAGACACGAGGGAAGCAUCAAAUUAAGGUAUUUUACACCUCAAAGCAAGAAGAGAUUCAAAACACAUGAAAGGAAAUAAACUAUUAUGUUGCAAUAACAAUCAGGUCAUUAAAAAUGCGUUACACACGACUAAAAGUCAACACUUAGUUUUUUCAGGUCUAAAACUGAGCAGUAAAAUGUUUAUGACAAUCAAGAAAAUCUGGUUCUUUUAUUAAUCACUUAAGUUUUUAAGUUUGGCUGGAUUAAAACAGAAAUCUAACAGAGAAGCAGUGAUGAGAUAAAACACGAACACAUGUCAAAGUAAAGAAACCGUAGGAUUGUCAGUGCAGCGUUGACCUUUAGUCCCUCUUAUUUACACAUCUGCUGUCAUGUCCGCGUGCAAAUGCCUCAGGGAGGUUCAGAACACGGUUUAACCCUAAACUGUGCUGUGUAACUUUCUAAAGGCCAAAAACUAGAACAAAAAACAAUGAAACAGUACAUUUUGUAUUGUUGGAUGACACAUUACAAACAGUGAUUCUCUGGGUUGCAACAGCUGCAGCUUUUGGAUUCAGGACUCUCAAACGCAUCCAAAAAUACAGGCAAAAUCAGGGAUUUUUACUUGAACUAAGCUCCCUAUCAUAUGGACAUUUGAAUAAAGCACAGCUCGUGUUUUGACUUCUUGAUCCUGGUAAAAGCAGCUCAGUCAUGAAAUUCGAUGACAUGAUCCAGGGUCCCUCUGCAGCUCCGACAUUUUUUUCAGCAGCAUCCGAACUGAUUACAGUUUAAGGAAUAUGCUGCUUUUUCCGUAUUUUUUGAAACGCUAUUCACUCUUCUGAUCCUACAAUUAGAAUCUGUGGACGAGUGUGUGGGAGACUUGUAGCCUCUCUGAAUACAGAAUGGGAGAUAAUAAUCCCUUUCAUAGUUUGAUGCGGUUUAAGGAGGCAGUCAGCUGAGCCUCCAGGGCCAUCUGAUCAAAGGUCCGACUGGUGGUCUGCUGCCUCACUCUGUCCCUCAUGUGAAAGGAGGCCUGGACCAGCUUCUGCGCCUCCUCCCGUAUCUGCUCCCGCUGUCUCUGCAGCCUUUCCCUCUUCCACUCCUUCACAGAGAUGUAAUUUUCUCUGACCUUCAUCGUGGCCUCCUCCUGUCUCUGGAUCUUCUCCCUGAGCUUCUGGUGGCACAUCUGCCUGAGCCUGUUGCGCUGGCGCGCCUGCUGAGCUCUGCUCCUGCGCAGAGCUGCGGCACGCAGAGCCGCCCUCUCCGUCCGCCGCUGGCUCAGCUGGACCAGGAUCUGUUUGUGUGUGAGCUGCUGGAAACUCUGCAGUUUAGCCCUCAGCUGCGCUCUCUGAAUCUGCUCGUCCUCUUGAGCGGCUCGCUCCUGCAGCUCUCUCAGCUGCGCCUCCACGGCCUGGCUCCGCUUCUCGCUGGAGAGUUGCAGCUUCCUCUCAAGUGUGCACCUCAUCUGUGCUUCCUCUUCCUCCAUCUGCUGCUCUACCUGUUUCUUCAGCAGGAUGUGUCGCAGCUGCUCCCUGCUAUUCUCCUCCUGCAGCCUCUUCUGGGCCCUCUUCUCUUGCAGCAUCUUGCUCCUCCAGGCCCUCUCCUCCUUCUUAACUGCUAACUGUCUCUCUUUCUCCCGUAUCCUUUCCUCCACCUCCACCUUCUCCCUCAGCAGCCUCUCCUGGUGAUGUUUACGGUCCUCUGCCUCCUUCUGCGCCCCCUCCAUCUUCUCUCUGCGCUGUGCCUCAACCUCCUCCUUCAGCUUUCUCCAGCGGUCCUCUUGCAGCACGGCCUCCUGCUCCCGCUGUACUGCUCUCUCCUGCUCCCACUGCUCCCUCAUCCUCCGGCGGGCCUCCAGCUGCCUGUGCCAGCAUUUCCCACUCUUCUUCAGCUUCCUCCUCCGCUCUUUUUCUGUUUGGGCCUGCUGUUCCUCCGCCUGCCUUCUGGCCUCCUGCCUUUUCUGCUCCUCCAGGCGAGAGAGCUUCAGACGGUCCUGCUUCUCCUGAUGCUUCAGCAGCAUGAGGGCUGCAAUCUUUCGAUCUCUUUCAGAUACCGUGACACACAUCCUCUCCUUGAUGUCUGUAGUGAGGUUAUGCAGUUUGGUCUGGUUAGCUGGGGACUGUCUGAGGUCUCCCACGUUGAAGCUGCUCACCGUACUCCUCUCUGGGUCCCUCUUGGCAGCGGAGCAGGUGGACCUGCUGGCUCGCUUCUCCUUAAAGCACAGAUCUGCAUAGUGUACGGGGCCUGCUGUCUGUCCGUCUGAGUGCUUCACCUCCUUGUGGCCAACAGGCCACCUGUUGGCUGCAUGCUGCAUAAUCCCCUCCCGUCCUCCGUGGCACUUCUGCAGCAGCUUCGAUCUUUCUUUUUCAUAGGAUUCGUGCAUGAGUCUCAUCGCCUCGAAAGGCAUGCCGCCCUGCCCCGCACUCAUCUGGUUCAGGGAUCUGAUGAGGAGUUGAACCGGUCUCAUAGGGAGGUCAGUGCGGCUGGACCUAAGCUGCUCCAUCUCCAGGGGGUGGAGGAGACCUGAGGAGACCUGAGGUGUAGCAGAGCUACUGACCGGCUCGUCUUGGCACCGUCUGUCCAGCUCAGGGGGUCAGCAGGGGAUUAAAGGCUGGAUUAUGGGUCUGCGUUAAAUCGACGCAGAGCCUACGCCGUAGGUACGGCCAGGGGCGAAAAUCCCGGGGGGGACAAGUCCCCCCCAUUAGUAAAGCUGUCCCCCCCUAGAAUAAUUUGAGACAGAAGUAAUAAUUUUGGAACAAUGCAGUAGUAUUUAGUAGUGAUGCACCAAAAUGAAAAUUUGUGGCCGAAACCGAAAUCGAAAAUAAUAAUAAACAGUAAAAUCUCAUUACACUUAAAACAAGAGUCAUCACCAGAAAAAUUACUUGUUAUUUGACAAUUUUCACCUGAUUCAAGUAAAUUUUCA